CGCUGAGUAACCGCCGGGUUCACCUGCUGUGUGGUGCUGCAGUCCUCCGUUGGCGGUAGUUGCUCUCCUGGCUGCCCUCUUGCAUUUUCCCCAUCCCUUUGUCCCGAAAGAGCAGUAACCGUCCGGUAGCCAACAAGAAAGAUGUCAGAGGUCAACAUAGCAAAGCGCAAGGACAAGUGUGAGAACUGCACCAAACAGUGCAACAAGAAGCAGAGUGAUGAUGGUGCUAACUCAAAACAGACGACGGAAGACGUCAACGGACAGGUGAAUGAGGGAUCCCAGUUGUUGUUGAGUGCUUGUCUGUCCUGUGAUGGCUGUCUGUCAGAGGAGGACAGCCUGAAGAUCUCUCAGCAGAGCCUGGAGGAAGUGGAGCGAGUUCUAGCGCUCAAUAAGAGGUGUGACGUGUCGAAGCACAAGGUGCUGGUGGCGUCGGUGUGUCCACAGUCCCUGCCUUUCUUUGCUGUCAAGUUCGGUCUGGACAUCACUGAAGCUGCCCACAAACUCUGCAGCUUUCUUAAGAGCCUGGGAGUGCAAUAUGUGUUCGACACCACUCUGGCAGCAGGUUUUAGCAUCUUAGAGUCUCAGAAAGAGUUUAUUCAGAGGUAUCGCAGGAGGAACCAUGAUUCCCACGCCUUGCCCAUGUUCACCUCAUCCUGCCCAGGGUGGAUUCGGUAUUCAGAGCGUGUCCUAGGCAGUCUCGUCACUCCUCAUAUCUGCACAGCCAGGUCUCCUCAGCAGAUCAUGGGCUGUCUGGUCAAAGAUUACUUCUCCAAACAGCAGAAGCUGAGUCCAGAGAAAGUCUACCAUGUGGUGGUGGCUCCCUGCUUUGAUAAGAAGCUCGAGGCUGUCAGAGAGGAGUUCUACAACAGUCUGCUGGAGACCAGGGACGUGGACUGUGUCCUCACCUCAGGGGAGAUCUAUUACCUGAUGGAGAAGAGGAAAGUGUCAGUGGAGGAGCUGGACUCACUUCCACUGGACCAAGUGUUGGGAGAGGCUGGAGACGUAGCACUGGUGAGGCACGAUGGCAAAGGUUCUGAAGGCUUCCUGGAACACGUGUUCAAACACGCUGCUAAAGAGCUUUUUGGUCUGGACGUCCAAGAGAUCACAUACAAGACCCUCAGGAAUCGGGACUUCCAGGAAGUGACACUGGAGCGGGAUGGGGAAACACUGCUGCAGUUCGCUGCCGUCUAUGGUUUCAGGAACAUCCAGACUCUAGUUCAUCGUAUAAGAAAGGGACGUGUCCCUUACCAGCUAGUGGAGGUGCUGUCCUGCCCUGGAGGGUGCUUGAGCGGCCGCGGUCAGGCGGAGAGCGAGGCGGGAGGUCGAGUGGAUAAAGCUCUGGUCCAGCAGAUGGAGGAGGCCUACAGCAGCCUGCCAGUCAGACUCCCGGAGGUCAACCCCACCCUGCACACCCUUUAUCAAGACUGGCUGCAGGGCCAGGACUCAUUACAGGCCAACAAGCAGCUACACACCGAGUACAGAAAUCAGAGUCAGAUCCACGCGCAGCCCCCACACAUGCAGUGGUGAGAAGAAAGGGGCUGUUUAAAGACAUGAAUCAACAGCUGCUUGGUUGUGAUUCUACGUGGACCAUCUCAUCUUUAGUGCUGGUUCAAGGAAGGACAAGCUGUGGGCCGUGCAGCAAAAUGGGCCAGUCUCAACAGGUCAUUUUUCCAUUUGGCCACAGGGGGGAGCAGUCUGUAUUUUAAUGAAUGGGGCCUCUUCUGUGCCAAACCUGAGCCUGAGGAAACAGAAGUCCAGAAACACACAUACAACACUUCUGCUCACAGAAGUAGUAAUGUCAAUAGGUUGUUGUGAUAAUGGCUACCAAUAAAAGAGGUACAGAGUUCUGAGGAUUGACGACAUCAAGUGUUAACUAUUUACCAGUACGUGAAUUCACAGAGCAAUAAGCCGCUGAGAUAAGGAAUGUCACACCUGGAACUCAUAAAGUGAACUUGAAUGUUUAUUUGAGGAGCUUAUUGUAUGCCACAUCUUAACUGUUGAAGAUGAAACACGCUGUUUUACUUUGCGUUUAAGUUCUCCCCACUCACUCUUUGUUGCUGAAAGACCAGAAAAUGUGUUUUCAAACCCAGUGAUAACUAUGCAACAGUGUCUUAUUAACAGUCACAGUGAAUGGACAGUUGAGAAUGUUAGAUUAUCCGUCCCAGUGGAGGGUGACUACCGUCGUUAUUUUUAAUGGACCCAUGAGGAUUUUAUUUGUGUUAUCAUUUUUAUCCAGGUCCACAAUCCAGUAUUUUUGUUAAGUUAUACAUUUUUAUGUGUUGUUUUACGAAAUCAAACAUCCAUGUCGUAUAUGUAAACCACUAAAAUAUUCUGACAAACCAA